AUGAGACCCAAAGUCCGCGCCGCGCUCGAGGCGGCGCAGAAGCCGAAGCCGACGACCGACGCGACCGCGGCGGACGACCGCGCGCCUCCGCCCGACGACGACGCGGCACCGAUCGUCGCCUCGUCCUCCCCCGCGCCCGCGCCCGCGUCCGACGCGGACGCGGACGCGGACGCGCCGCGCGCGUCCUUGCCCUUCUUCGGCGACCAGUGCGCGAUAUGCCAAGAGGACGUCUCGCGACGCGGACGCUUGGACUCGUGCGCGCACGUGUUCUGCGUCGCGUGCAUCAAGCGAUGGGCCAAGAUCGAGACCCGCUGUCCGCUGUGUAAGGCGCGCUUCUCGUUCAUUCAACCCGAAGACGUCGACGUCGACGUCGACGUCGCGGGGGAAGACGGAACGUCAACCGACGCGAAGACGAAGACGAAGACGACGACGACGACGCGGGGGGGAAGUCGCGGAGGAGCGAAGAAGCCUAAUAAGCCGCUGAAGAGGAUAUACCUCCCGCGGCGCGACCAGACGUACGAAGACCCGGACGGCGGCGAGCUGCCCGACGGCGUGGACGUCGAGACCGUCCUCUGCGGCCGAUGCGGUGAGACUGCUUCCCGUACGACCUCGUUCGCGAAGUGCACGCCGUUCCUUAAGGACUUUGGACUUUCCCCGCCCGCGCUUUCCUUUCGGCGCGACGGCGGCGACGAGGAUAAGCUCAUGCUGUGCGACGGCUGCGACCAAGGGUACCACUGCUACUGCGUCGGGUUAGACGAGGUGCCGUACGACGCGUGGCGGUGUCUCAUUUGCGCGAACGACGAUUCUGAUUCUGCUGACGUGGACGCCGUCGACCAAUCGGACGCGGACGCGGCGCUCGCGCGGGGACUUCAACGCGCGGAGGACGACGACGCGGAGGCGGCGGCGUCCGCGGCGGCGUUCGCCGCCGCGCGCGCGAGAGCCGCGCGGCUGCGCGCGGCCUCGAGCGCGCGGAACGUCAACCGACGCGGCGGGCGCGGCGGGCGCGGCGUCGGCGGCGUCGGCGUCGGCGUCGGCGGCGGGAUCCGCUCGACGCCGGCCGCGACGGACGAUCGCUCGCGGCAAAUCGCGCGCGUGACCGAGCUCAGAGAGCUCUGGGAACGGUACCGCAGCGGCGAGCUCGGGUUCAGCUCGGGGCGGGAUGAUCCGCGCGGAGGAGGAGGAGGAGGAGGGAGGGGAGAGCCGCCGACGACGCGGACCGCGGGGACCGCGGAUCGAGCCGCCGGCGCCGUCGAGGACCGACCGGACCUCGACCCGGCGGCGGUGGCGAACCAGACUAAUCGCCCGUACGAUCGGUUCGCGUUCCAGCCCGGCGAAGAGGAAGCGCUCGGCGACGCGGUGCACGACGCGUGGGACGCGAUGAAGCGCGCGGAAGCGGAAGGAUUGAAGUCGAACCACCCGAGCGUCGGACCGAAGGCGCGCGCGAGGGGCGGCGGCGGGGACGACGCGAGGGCGCGCGCGGUGGCGGUGCUAACUCGCGAACGCGAGGCAGCGGCAGCGGCGGGGUCGGGGUCCGCGCACGUUCGCAGACGGCGCCCGGCCGUCCCCGCGCGUCGGCGCCUCCCCACGCCCCCGCCCGGGCCGGGCGGAGGGGGGCUCUCGGUCCGUCUCAUCGCGGGCGUGUCGUUCUCGCCGCCGCGGCCGGGGCGGGCGAAGACGCGGACUCACCCGACGCGGCCGCGGGAGAAGAAGAAGAAGAAGAGAGUUCGCUCGGAGUGGUCCGAGAGCGACGCGUCGUCGGAGUCAGAGCCCGCGGGGCCCCGCGCGCCGUGGGAGUUCGUUUGCGAAGAAGACGACGACGACGACCUCCUCGCCGCGUUCGCCGCGAAGAAGAAGAACGGUGCCGCAUUCGCCGCCGAUCCGCCGCGAGCGCCGACGGAGCUGGACGUCGUGCGAGAGAUCGGCCGAGGGCAUCUGCGACCGGCGACGGGGUUCGUGCCUCCCGGCGCGGUGUCGCAUUGUCCGACAUUGUCCGACAGUCGGAGGUGCGUUCUAUCUCACACUGGUCCCCAUACGACCGCGUUCGCGUGGUGA